CGACAGAUCCAUCAGUGGAAGAUUUCCUAUUUUGACUUUAUUUUCAGUGUUUGUUUAUAUUUUAUAAAAACAAUCACAAGUGAAAAUAUUUAUUCUAAACAAUUUGAAUAGUCCAUAGAAACAACGGUGAAAAUUUUUCAUAAUCCUUUCAAUAGGUUUUUGUUGAAAUUAGCGUGUUACGGAUAAUAAGCAAAGAUUUCCGGGUAACAUUUGACAGUGCAGUAUAUCACAAAAUUAAAAUGGACGAACGACCAGAGACGACCAUCACAACUUAAUAAAAGAGGAAAUUUAGUAGAAAUUUUAUUAAAAAAAGAAACAAAUAAUAUACCCAAACUAAUCAGUUCCCGAUAUCUGUGAUUUAAAAAUAAGUAAUAACGAUCUCUAAUUAAAAUAUAACAUAAGUUAACACAUUUUAAUAUAAGGAUACAACAGUAUCGAUUAUAAUAAUAGAAGAAAUAUCACAAGAAAAACAGAAAAAUGCCAGCGAUUUUCUCAAAAAUUCGAGAGCAGGCGUCAAGGGUGCAACCCACAGUGGCUCUGGGCGUCGGUGUUGGGGUGGCCCUAGCAGCCUGCGCUCUAUACGGGACCAGAGACAAGAAGCAGACAACACCAUGCAACAAUAAUAAUAAUUAUAAGGUGGCAAAGAAUGGCAAAUACAAUUCGGUUGAAAACGGCGCGGGGGAGGGCGAGACGUGCGGUGGGCGCUGCGGGGCGGAACAGUGCGCGCUGUGUCGCGGCGACGCGGAUACAGACAACAAGCAGAACAUUGAGGACGCCGAUGAAACCCUAUCAGUACCAGAGGAGCACGUGCCCGGGCUGAACCUAGAGUUCCUCAGGCAGCUGAUGACCCUCGCACGGAUCAUGGUACCCGGGUUCCGGAGCCAUGAGGUGGCGCUGCUCAGUGCACACACACUCUGCCUCUUCUCUAGAACAUUCCUAUCAAUAUACGUGGCUUCACUAGAAGGAUCUAUAGUGAGACAUAUCGUACAGAAGGACAUGAAGAAAUUUUCUUCACUCUUACUGCAGUGGUUCGGCAUCGCUGUACCGGCCACAUUCAUCAACUCCAUGAUUAGAUACUUGGAGAGUAGAUUAGCGCUCGCGUUCCGCACCAGGCUGGUGAACCACGCCUACGAUCUGUACUUCAAGAACCAGACUUAUUACCGCGUCUCCAAUCUGGAUGCCAGGAUAGAGAACGCCGAUCACAGAUUAACAGAAGACGUAUCAGUGUUCACGCAGUCCGUGGCUCACUUGUACAGUUCGCUGACGAAGCCCUGCUUCGACCUGCUCCUCAUCGUGCUCACGCUCGCCAGUUACUCAAGCAAAAUGAAGGGCAACAUACUAAUGGGCCCCGGCAUAGCGACGGUGGUGAUCUGCCUGACGGGGCAGCUGCUGCGGCUGCUGAGUCCGCGGUUCGGCGCGCUGGCCAGCGAGGAGGCGCGCAUGCGCGCCAACCUGCGCCACGUGCACUCGCGGCUCAUCGCGCACGCAGAGGAGGUCGCCUUCUACGGCGGACACAAGGUGGAGCUGAGCCAGUUGCAGUCGGCGUACCAGGAGCUCGUGGCGCAGAUGACGGGCGUAUUCAACAAGAAGCUGUGGUACGUGAUGCUGGAGCAGUUCUGCAUGAAGUACGUGUGGUCCGGCACCGGCAUGGUGAUGCUCGCGCUGCCCAUUCUCACCGGCACCAGUGGCGGAGGCGAGGGCGGCGAGAGCAUCAGCGCCCGCACCGAGUACAUGACGACCUCGAGGAACCUGCUCAACUCCGCCGCCGACGCCAUCGAGCGCCUCAUGUCCAGCUACAAGGAGGUGGUGACGCUGGCGGGGUACGCGACGCGCGUGUCGGACAUGCUGACGGUGUUCGCGGAGGUGGCCCGCGGCCGCUGCGUCCGCGCCGUGCACGUGGCCGCCCAGGCCGCGCCCGGCGCCUUCCAGGUCGCCUUCCGCGACGGACAGCCCACGCCGCAGGGUGUGGUGACGUACUCGACGGACCUGUCGAUCACGCUGAAGAACGUGCCGAUCGUGACGCCGGCGUGCGACGUGGUGGCGAGCGGCGUGACGCUCACCAUCGCGCCCGGCACGCACCUGCUCAUCGUCGGGCCCAACGGCUGCGGCAAGUCCAGCCUGUUCCGCAUCAUCUCCGGCCUGUGGCCGGUGUUCGGAGGCGAGCUGCAGGUGCCUAAGCCGUGCGAGUGCGCCGUGUGCUCGGACGAGUCCAACACGCUCAGCAACGAGACCUGCACCACCAGGCCCAUCAUGUUCUACAUACCACAGAGGCCAUACAUGCCGGAGGGCUCUCUGCUAGAUCAAGUGACGUACCCGGCUCGAGUAUCGACCACCGGGCCGCACGUAGCGGCAGCGGAGGCCCGCGCCCGCCGCAUUUUGCGAGCUGUACGGCUGGACGCAUGCGCUGCGAGGCACGGUGGGCUGCGUGCUGUAGCUGAUUGGCGCGCAAUGUUGUCCGGAGGCGAGAAGCAGCGUAUGGCCAUGGCCAGGAUGUUCUACCACAGGCCGGUGUACGCGCUGCUGGAUGAGUGCACGAGCGCGGUGUCGAUGGAGACGGAGGUGGUGAUGUACGAAGAGGCCGUCAAGGAGGGCAUUACGCUGCUAUCCAUCACGCACAGGCCCAGCGUCUGGAAAUACCACACGCACGUGUUAGAAUUCGACGGCGCUGGCAACUGGUCGUUUAGACCGCUGGAGAAGGACGCGCCGACCAUCGCCGGCACCACCGCCGCCAACUGGACCACGCCCACCGUCAGCCCCACCGUGUCCACUGAGACCACUGACCAAUAAGCGCGGAGCACGGGCAUUGACUUACAUUGAAUAGAUGACGCCACUAUACUUUGCGUGCCAAUCACACGACAAUGAACGACAAUGGACAUUUGCCGCCUAUAAAUGGCUACGUUAACUCAGUUAACUAUUUUUGCCUAUCUGGGCCGUUUGCCCGGCCGGGCCCAUCCUAGAUUUGGAUUGAAUGGGAAUGUUCGGAUUUUUGGACAAAAGAGAUAUCAAUAGUCUCUUAAUUGGAAUGUUAUAUAUACAGGUAUAUAGGUUACAUGACAGUAUAAAACAAAUAUGGCGGCCUUGUGUAAAAAAAAAACAAAUAGUUGGGUCUUUUGUUACUUUGUUACUAUUUGUUAUUCUAAGUAAACUUAAAAGACUUCAGUUAAAUUCUUAAAUAUUUAUCAAAAUUAAAUGGAUACUAUAAAAUGUAAUGUAAAGAUUUGACAAAAAUAAUAUACAUGGUAUUCACGUAUGGGUUCAUACAAACAGUAAAAAGAAAAAAAAAAUGGCACGCUUAGUGUACAAAUAGUGGUGUGUACACCGUCUAUCUACUACUAUGUCUGUGGUACGGAGACUUGCCAAAUUUAGCAAAUUAUUGUGAUUUAUUAAGUAGACUGUUUUCUAUAGCGAUGGGCAGGAUGAAUAAGUUUAAACCCGAAUUGAGAUUACGAUGUAAAGACAGAAUUGAGGUCAAUAAAUUGAAACUAAAAUAUACAAAACAAAAAAAAAAAAAAAGAAAUAAAUUCAAAA